AGCAGUGACUGUCAUAAUUAAAUUAUCUUUGGUUUAUUUAUUCGACGUCUACGUUCAGCUUUGUGAACUUUUUUUGUGUAUUAAAAGUAAGAUAUUUAAAAAAUGGAUGACUUCGGCGAUAGUUUCGUGCAACCGGAAGUUGACCCUGCGGCGGAUUUCUUAGCGCGAGAACAGAAUCAGCUGGCCGGUCUCGAAGAUGAGUUGGAGACGAGUGCUCCGCCCCCCGUUACGCUAUCAUCGGCUUCUAAUGGUCUUGAUGACUUCGUCGAAGUCCCAAGUGCAGCAGCGUUUGACGCAAAUGGUCUGAUUGAUGAUGACCUCACCUCAGCCCCAACGUCUGUACCAGCCCCGGCAACCGUCACUCCGGUGUUUAGACAAGAGCGGGAGGAGCCUGAGAAGAUUAAACUGUGGCGAGAAGAACAGAAAAAGAGAUUGGAGGAAAAGGAUAUUGAAGAAGAAACGAAAAAACAAGAAAUGUUGAAAAUAGCAAAGAAAGAACUCGAAGACUGGUACAAGACUCAUGAAGAGCAAAUAUCCAAAACUAAGGCAGCCAAUAGGGAAUCAGCUAAAAAUGCUGAGAGAGCUCUAGCAAGAGGUUCCGAAGGUGCCCCAGAAGAUGGUAAUGAGUGGGCUCGAGUGUCCGAACUAUGUGACUUUGGACCGAGACGUGGCCGAGAUGUAGCCCGUCUACGUUCCAUCGUAUUACAACUCAAACAAUCCGGAGUGCGUCCCAAAUACCCACCUCGCACUACUAAAGUAGCUUGAAUAAAUAAAACAAGAAAUUACUAAGAAAAUUAUUGUUAUUAGCCUGAAUAUUUCUCUAAACGUCAGUCUCAGUGUUAUUAAAUCACAUAUUAUUGUAAAUUAAUAUUUAUAUACAUAAUGGUUAAUAUAAAUUCACAGAGCAUGUUGCUGUAUAGCUGUUCUAGACCUGUAUAAAUUAUUACAACCGUUGUUUAUUUAAUUUUUUUAUUUAACAAUGUUCAACAAUAUUGGCUUUAAUAUUGAGAAUAGUCUUUUUUUAUUUGAUCAUAGUAUUAAAGUAAAUAUCAUUCCAAAA